GAUGUCAUCCUGGAGCUUGACUUCGGCUUCCGGCUGCUAUCCGAUGUUGACCGCAAGGCGCCCCUGUUCCUGGUGAAUGUCUUGAAGCCGUCGCAGGCCCCACGCAUCAGAUGCACCUGGCGACAGUCCAAGGGCGCAGUCUCGGCCGUCAGUCAGCUGUUGGCCUCCGCAGAUGUGGCGGCCUUUUCGUGCGAGAUACCGUCGCCCGCAGAGCCUAAGCUGGACAGUCUAUGUCUCUUGCCUUCGCCCACACAGACUACCCUGCCGGUCCCUGCGCUGAAGCGGCAGAAGGUCAAGCCAGAGCUAGCAGCGGAGGAGCCAGCCUGGCCAGUGGUGAGUGCAGCUGAGGGGGCCGCCAGUUCACAGCAGCAGGUGGUCAGGAGCGAGGACAGCGCACAGGAGCCCUCUGACACGGGUCUUGAGCCGCUGGCAUGGACUCCCAGCAGUCGAACGAAAGCCUUCUUCAUCCAGAAAACCAAGCCCAGUCAGAAGGACGCU